AUGUCGUCCAAGUUGCAUCAACGUCCUCCUUUUCGAGCUGAGCAUUUGGGCUCUCUGCUUAGACCUGAGAAGCUGUUGACAGAACGCCAUGCUCUAGAUGCGAAGAAAGGAGACCAGAAGAAGCUAGCUGAAGUCGAAGACAGCUCCAUCAAUGAUAUCGUCAAAGAGCAAUUAGAUCUUGGAUACCAUGCCAUCUCCGACGGGGAAUACAGGAGGCUUAUGUUCUUGGGGACCUUCUUCCCUAGCCUCGAUGGCUUUGAAGAAGUGACCGAUUUCGACGUCGACAUCUUCCGAAUGUAUGUCCCGAGUAUUGCACCUUUCGCAGAGAGUGGCCACAAAUUCGGAGAGACUAUUCUUUGCACCGGCAAGAUAAAACACGUCGGCAGUACCUACGUUGAUCAGUGGAAUUACUUGAAGAACUUGCUGCCCAAGGACAAGCAACAAGAAGCGAAACUUACCCUGGCGGCUCCCGAUUGGUACCACCUUCGUUACAAGACCGGAAGAGCUUAUCCAAAGGAUGUGUAUCCUUCUGAUGCAGAGUACUUUGCGGAUAUCGCAAAGGCAUACCGUGCAGAGCUCAAGAUUCUUUAUGAUAACGGACUUCGAAAUGUCCAAAUUGACGACCCCAAUCUAGCUUUUUUCUGUUCCGAGAAAAUGUUAGCAGGUUUCAAGAAGGACGGCGAGGAUUCAGAUGCCCUAUUCGACGCUUACAUAAAGCUAUACAAUGACUGCCUUUCGGAGCGACCCUCAGACAUGCAUGUAGGCGUCCAUCUCUGCCGUGGAAACUUCGUCGGCGGGAGACACUUCUCAGAAGGAGGUUAUGAUGCCAUUGCGACCAAGUUGUUUCGAAACCUUAAUGUCGAUACUUACUUCCUCGAAUACGACACUCCGAGAGCUGGCGGAUUCGAGCCUCUGAAGGAACUGCCAAAGGGCAAGAACGUGAUUCUCGGUCUCGUCACCAGCAAGUUUGCAAAAAUGGAGGAUAUCGAGGAGAUGAAGAAGAAGGUUCAUCAAGCCGCAGACUUGAUCAGUCAAGGGACUGGCGAGACCAAGGAAGAGGCAUUGAAUAGGUUGGGUGUCAGUCCUCAGUGCGGAUUCGCUAGUCUUAGUGAUGGAAAUAACAUGGACCACGAUGCGAUGAUCUCGAAGUUGAAGUUGGUUAGGAAGUUGGCAGAUGAGAUUUGGCCUGGUCAGCCAUAA